UGUAACCCCCACAGUGGAGUUAAAUGCACUUUGCAUGAAACUGGGAAAGAAACCUAUGUACAAACCCAUCGAUCCUUACACGGGGAUGAGAUCCACUUACAACUAUACCAUGAGAGGUGGUACUUAUCCUCCACGGUACUUUUACCCAUUUCCUGUUGGGCCCUUACUUUAUCAAGUUGAGCUUUCAAUCGGAGGGCAGCAGUUUCACGGGAAAGGAAGAACAAGACAAGCUGCUAAACAUGAUGCAGCUGCUAAAGCACUGAAAGUUCUGCAGAAUGAGCCCUUGCCUGAGAAACCAGAGGUUAACGGAAAAGAACCAGAUGAUGAAAAUCUCAAUAAAUCUGAAAUAAGCCAAGUUUUUGAGAUUGCACUUAAAAGGAACUUGCCUGUGAAUUUUGAGUUUUUCCCUCUGAAACAGGUGACCAAGGAAAGUGGUCCUCCCCAUAUGAAGAGCUUUGUAACCAAGGUGUCGGUUGGAGAAUUCAUGGGAGAAGGUGAAGGAAAGAGCAAGAAGAUUUCGAAGAAAAAUGCUGCCAUAGCAGUCUUAGAAGAACUGAAAAAAUUGCCACCCCUUCCUACGGUUGAGAAAAUGAAGCCACGAAUCAAAAAGAAAACAAAAUCAAUAGUGAAGCUGCAAACAAGUCCAGAAUAUGGUCAAGGAAUGAAUCCCAUUAGCAGACUUGCCCAGAUACAGCAGGCCAAGAAAGAGAAGGAACCAGAGUACAUGCUCAUCACAGAACGUGGUCUUCCAAGGCGCAGAGAGUUUGUGAUGCAGGUGAAAGUUGGAGUACACACAGCUGAAGGAAUGGGCACGAACAAAAAAGUUGCUAAACGCAAUGCAGCUGAAAACAUGUUGGAAAUUUUAGGUUUCAAAAUCCCACAACCUCAGCCUCCAAAGCCAGCAUUAAAGACAGAAGAGAAGACACCAGUGAAGAAACCAGGUGAUGGAAGAAAAGUAACCUUCUUUGAGCCAGGCUCUGAAGAGACUUCAACUAGUAAUAAAGAAGAUGAGUUUAGGAUGCCUUAUCUCAGCCAUCAGCAGCUUCCUGCUGGAAUUCUUCCCAUGGUCCCUGAGGUCGCACAAGCUGUAGGAGCCAAUCAAGGACACCACACCAAAGAGUUCAACAGGGCAGCCCCAAAUCCUGCCAAGGCUACAGUAACAGCCAUGAUUGCUAGAGAGCUGUUGUAUGGUGGCACUUCUCCUACCGCUGAGACCAUACUAAAGAACAACAACUCAUCAGGCCACGUACCCCACGGACCACUUACUCGGCCCUCUGAGCAGCUGGACUAUCUUUCCAAUGUUCAAGGAAUCCAGGUUGAAUAUAAAGACUUUCCAAAAAAUAACAAGAACGAGUUUGUAUCUCUUAUAAACUGUUCCUCUCAGCCACCACUGAUCAGCCAUGGGAUUGGAAAGGAUGUAGAAUCUUGCCACGACAUGGCUGCACUGAAUAUUUUAAAAUUGCUGUCUGAGUUGGACCAACAAACCACAGAGAUGCCAAGAACGGGAAAUGGACCAAUGUCUGUAAAAGUUAAAAUGCCAAAGGCUGUUACCUUCUUCAGAAGGAUCAGAGGAUGUGUGAAACAAGAAAUGGAAAGUGACCCUCUUCUCAAACCGGCUAACUCAAACACUUUGGGACAAACACUGGACAGCACUGCCUAAAAAUGGCUUUUGACUGGACCCAAACCUGAAAGCACCAGAGAAAAUCAAAUGCUUCCUAUUAAUGUAACCUAACUGUUUUAGAGUGCUACAGUCUUUACAACCUACUGUAGUGUCUAAAUCAUAACCGUUGCUUUUUCUUCAGUGAUAAAUUUUUAGUUUCAUUAUGUUGUUUUGAUUGAAAUGACACUAUAAAUUUUUCAUUUAAAAGUUUCUUAAUUGUAUCUAGAACAAUAGCACAGUUUAGAAACUUUGUCUUCUGAGACUGACAUGUUAUCUGUGAACUAACUUGGGAAGAUCAUAUCCAUAUAUGUGGUUAUUUUGUUUUUAUUGAAAUAGCGAAGUUUCACUGGAAACAAAUUGUGUGCCCACCAUUUUAAAAAGUCCAGGAUUUUCGCAUUUAGCUUAAUUAUCCAGCGGUUGAAUGAAUUAAAACACUUUAGGAAUUUUAAACUUUGAUCAUUUUUGGUUAAUUUCUAGUUUUCUUGAGCGGGGGCGGGGGGGUUAGGGAACUUGAAUGCAACGUGACUUUAAAUGAUCUCUGAUCUAUGUUUUAAAGAUUGUGUGUAUAGAUGGCGCACAGCUCACUACAUUACAGGAUAUGAUCUCAGUGUAGUGCAUAUAAAACCGCAGAUUGAUUUUCCUUGAGUGCUUUAUACUGUUUAAUUACAUCUCCAUGUAGGGCUGAAAAAAAUUACCUAUGUUUAUAUAUAAACUGUGUUGCUUUUGAUGUUGUGUUAUUGCGCACUGAACUGUGCGCAAUAAAGUUUUUGCAUAUGGUCCAGGUAAAGCACGAUAGCCUUGCAAGUUAAGUACUGCUUCAGUUCAUUGUUUACGCUGGAAUUUUUUCUCCCCAUGGAAUGUAAGUAAAACGUAGUGUUUGUCACCAAUAAAUGGUAAUACUAAA